AGCUACUGCGUGGCUCUGUAUUUGAGGAAGAGGCCCUUGGCUGUGGCCAAGAAGCCUGGACAUUUGGAAUAGACUCGUAGACUCGUAGUAUUUACAUCCAUCUUGGCGUGGCCCCAUGUCAACCGAACGUGUACUGCAGUCGCUGAAGUACACCAGGAUGUGCAAGUUUGUGAGCGCAGGUCGCUGUUGCCGUGGCAGCGCCUGUGAUUUUGCACAUUCCGUGGAUGAACUCCGGCCCACUCCGAACUUGGUCAGCACAAGGCUUUGCGCGCAGUUCUCAGCUACUGGGCGGUGUAGAUAUGGGAGAGUUUGUAAGUUUGCUCAUGGCAGUGGAGAGUUGCGAGAUGUGCCGGUCGAAGAAGGGAGCGAGAGGAGUGUGGACUUGGAGGGACAUCGAUUCUCAGACAGGCCUCGUGGUGGUCCAGCAUCAGAACCACCUGACUGUGGCAGCUUGAUGGAGCGUGGAGCUCGCGGAGCUCGUGGUCGGCCUGGCUCCGUGGCGGCGAGUGAGGACAUCUCCUAUUUCAACACACCCCCUGGACUGGGGGCAAGGCCAUCACUCGAAAUGGACGCGAAACGAGCCGCAUUGUUGAGAGAUACAUUUUGGGUGACUGAGCCUGCAGCAGAUGCCGUGCACAGUCACAGUGAUGUUGGCGCUGGGAGUGAGGCUUCUACCUCAUUCUCGCGGUUGAAUUCAAGCCUCGAGACAGACCGUUCAGGUCUAUCGGGCCCUUUGGGCUUGAGCCUUUGGUCCAACGAGGCGGUACAGCGGACAAGCAAAGUAAAAGUUUGGCUGUGAACUUGCUCCCGGAGGUUACCUGCUGUGAAGGCGUGUCACUGGUAUUUGCACAGCUGCCGCGGCUGCUCUGAAACGGUGCUUCCUGGAUGUGGUUGACACCAAUCAACCUACGUAUGUGCACAAUGUAGCAUGCGCGAUCCCUUUCGCUUAAAAAAAUCAAGUGUGUGUUGUUUCAUGCAUCCCGAUUGGUGCGGGCAAGCUGGGUACUGCAGGGCCAGAUUCCAUCGUUUUGAGAUUUGAGCCUAGUGACAAGUGAGGCUCAAGUUGUUGUUUCCGGUCCUGUCAAGCCAGUUUGGAAACCAUGUCAACAGCAUGUUACCGCAAGCAGUCAUUUGAACCUUGGUAUGGGCGUAGACCCAGCCAAAUCAGCCUUUGAACUGCACUUUGGUACUGAAGUUGGAUCAACAGUGGAAUGGAUUGAACUGGCGCGAGGGGUUUGUUGCGCCCCCACAGGAUCCAGACCUCAGUGCCAUUUGCAUAGGUGUCCAAAUGUUUGUCCGUCCUCCUUUAAAGUGUGAAGUAGUAUUUGAUAGCCUGGCCAUAAACUGCUCAUUUUUCACAGACC